AUACUGCGCACUUGCUCAGAUUCUCGCAACCAGCACGGAUGAAUACUUUCUUGCUGGAUUUUAGUUUCAUCUGGGCUAGUGCUUUAGCCUUGCAAUGGUCGUCUUCACUCGACAAGGACUUGCAAUGGAGAAGUGUCGACUGGAAUAAGGACGGAAAGCCUGAUUCUUCAAAAGAUCCUUGGAUAAUAUCGACCCGGUCUUGGUCCACCCAAGGGAUUGGUGGAUUUGUAUCUAGCGAAUUGAAGAAUGGGAUAAAAUCACGACCGUCUGCAACAACUUCGCUACGCCAAAAUAAAGCAGAUCUGUCGGGCAUCAAAUGGGCGCACGCCGUUAAUAGCAAGAUUCAACUCAAUAAUUCAAUACGUGGAAAGGCCAUGAUCAUCGAAGGUGAUGUAUCUAUGGGUUUCAUCGAGAGCCGUGGUGAAAUAGCUCUCCCGAUCAUGGCCCAUCCACCUUCGAAGAUCUCAGACCUGAGUCUGACAGAAUUUGUUGAUACUGUUCUCCACAGCAAAACAUCUAAGGGAAUGAAAUUUGAUUUUAAAGAGUUGGAGGUAGUGGAACCGUCUUUAAAAAUGAUCAAAGCUCGAGCUAACGAGAUCACUGGCUCUCUGUGGUUGAACGCAGACAUUGUCCAAGGACCAGUGAAUGACACUACAAUACCAGUGGACGCUGCCCAGUUUUUGAAACUCGUCAAGCAGUAUUUUCCGGACGCAAUCCUCUCCGUUGGAUGGACAACAAGGUUUGGUCCGCAACUGGCUUUGCCGUUGCAGAUCAUCAACGAUGGAUCAUACACAAUGGAUCACGUGAUUAAAAUGCGUGAUGUUCUGAAAGCGGCUGAAAUCCGACAACAGAUUACCUUUCCAAUUCGUGCGGGGCUGUCAACCUCUCCGGAAUCUCAAGCAAGCAUCUUAUGGUUACUCGAACAGUUUGACAAUAGUUCACUUACCAUUUGGAGUGCAGAUUACGACAUGGUGGAUGUUCCUGGAUUGAUGAAGCUCGUCAACCACAUUGGCAAAGAAAACAUUUACAUCGACGUGCCUAGUGGACUGAACUGCGAGAUUCAACAUUUCGACGAGUAUCCUAUUCAUUAGCUUUUUAAAAAAUAUUUCAAUAAGAACAAGGGUAAGUUCUAAAAAA